AUGCAUCUCUCUAUAUUUGCUUGCUUGGCAUGGUCCACAGUUGUCAUUACAUCACUCGUUCCUCCACUUGGUUACGACCGAAGAGUAUUGCGGGCCGCGUUUGACAGACGCGAAUUCGUUGGAACGCUUUCCUGUUUAACCGAAGCUGCAAAUACAACAACAGCACCCAAGAGAAACCCAUGGGCACCUUUGACUCCGAAGGAGAACCUCGCGGUCUGGAAUCUACUACAUGAAGCUGCGUCCGGUCUCAAUCUGACCCAUCCCACCGAAGCAAAACUUACCGACAACUACGUGUUCUGGGUGGAUGUUCUGCCUACCAACAAGAGCGCCGUCUUGCCAUACCUGGACAAAGGUGCAGCAAUCCCAGCUAAAUAUGCCCGAGCAAUCAUCUUCCAAGGCGGAAAAGCCAAACCUGAUUCCCAAGAGUACAUGAUUGGCCCUCUUCCAGUGUCUGCAAAGACCACUGUUGAGAAGCUGGACUAUAUAUAUAAUGGUCCUUCUGGUGGGUCGGUCCCCUACAACGCUAGAUACUUUGAUGCGCAGAGAUCAGACGCAACUGAUCCUCUCAUUGCUUCGAUCAUGUCGAACAUCUCGGACAUUACACAAGCUCUCUUCCAAGGAGCGUACUUCGGGUCGAGAGAUUUGAGGACUAAUAUUGCAUUGACCUCUGGAACACCAGAAUCCUUUGAUGGCACUGGCGCAUUUCGCAAUAUUAUGUUUCGGCUUCGAGGUUCAGCAACCUACAUGACGCCGCUGGACUUCUACCUUUUGAUUGACUGCACAGGAACCGAUGCUUCUCUCUACUCCCUAAAAGGCUUCGUGACCAACGAGAAGUUCUUUCCCACCGUUUCCGAUCUUCGACGUGCUUUCAAAGCGGGAGAGCUGGCCAUGGAGUUUAACCAGACUCUAGACGGAGACUGGGCCUCGCCCGACUACAAACUUGAAAUGGGGUUGCGUGACUUGGAAACACAUCUUGCGCCGAGCACGCUUGAGCUUGGUGGCAAGCGAUACAAGUUCGACAAGGAUAACCAGUAUGUUGAAUACAUGGGCUGGUCUUUCUACCUAUCCUUUUCCCGAACCCUUGGAAUUAUGUUCUACGAUAUCAAGUUCAAAGGCGAACGUAUUCUUUAUGAGCUGUCAAUGCAGGAGGCUACCGCUCAGUAUACUGGAAACCAACCUAAAGCUGCAAGCACGGUCUACCACGACACUCACUACGAGCUUGGUACCGAAAUGGGUACCUUGGUUGAGGGCUUCGAUUGUCCAUGGGGUUCAACAUUCUGGAACAUCAGCUAUCCAUCUUACAACACGACGCAAGUUAACCCGAACUCAAUCUGCAUUUUUGAGACCGAGUUGAAUUUUCCGCUCUCGCGCCAUCGCACGGGUUUCUCCAACGAUUAUGGGUCCAGUUACGUCGUCAAGGGCGCUGCACUUAUCGUCCGGGCCAUCGCUACUGUCGGCAACUACGACUAUAUGUUUGACUACUCGUUCCACAUAGAUGGCUCGCUUGAGGUCAUCGUAAGAGCUUCUGGCUAUUUGCAGGCGAGCUACUACUACCCGGCUCAGGGGAAGUAUGGACCUAGAAUUCAGCAAGCUACUCAGGGUUCACUCCAUGACCACAUUAUCACGUACAAAGCCGAUUUCGAUAUCCUUGGAACCUCCAACUCGCUUCAGGUCUCGGAGCUCAAAGCAGUGAACCAGUCUCAGCCUCUUCCCAGUUGGUUCCCAGAGCUCGGUACGUUCGAGCAAAUGGAAAUGCACAUCCACAACAUGAAAAAAGAGAAGCAAUUCAAUUAUGCCCCCAACAAUCAAGCGAUGUACGUUGUUGUCAGCCCAAACGCUACCAAUGUUUGGGGCGAAUUGCGCGGCUACCGCAUCGUGCCGGGGCACUCCAACAUCCACUUAUCAACCCUCCAUUCUCCUUGGUCCCUCCGGAAUUCCGAAUUUGCAAAAUCGCAUCUCGCCGUCACACGCCAACAUGACAACGAACCCUUCGCCAAUAGUGUUCAGAACGUUAACCUCCCCCUACGACCGCAACAAGACUUUAGCAAGUUCUUCGAUGGUGAGUCCGUGGAGGACGAAGACCUGGUGGUCUGGUUCAAUCUAGGCAUGCAUCAUUUUACAAGAAGUGAGGACGUGCCGCUCACCCUGUACACUGAGGCUUAUUCGAGCAUCGUGUUUGCGCCGCAAAACUUCUUCGACAGGGCGCAGGAUGGGGAUCUGCUGAACCGGGUUCAGGUGGAUAAGGGAGUGGAUUCCAUGUCUAAGACUUACGGUGUGCAAUUGGACACCUGCCCAGUCGUCUUUAAGGAGCGAACGGAACUCUCAGGGGAGGACAGUGAUAUAUCGACAGGAGCAGAAGUAUGA